AAAUCAUAUUACGUAAUAUAUGAUAAAGUUGCAAAUAGUUAAGUUCAUUCCAUUUUGCUAAAAUCGAGUCAGUAACUUAAAUUUGAGAUGACUGUGGCGAUGUGUAUAAAAGUCGUACCAAAAAAGUAUUUACUAUAGUUGAGGUGAUAUAAGCGGAAUACAAAGCUUCACUGCUUGAAUGAAAAACAAAUGUUAAAUUACGAUAAGUUUUACUUGGGACACAAUUUAGUCACGACUGAAUUAUCCUUCACAAUUUCACCAGCAUAUCUCAACAAUGCUCAAACUAGACAGAUGUGAAUAAAUACUCAAUAUUUAUUCAUCAUGGUAUUCGUAAAUGUAACUAGUAUGGUUGUAAUGGCUCAUUGAAUUAUCUGUCAUGUAUAUGAGCUAUACAUCAAUAGUUAAAUUCAUGAGUCGAUUGAAGCUAAGCCACCAUGGAAAACUUUAAAGCACUAGACGACUGUUUCGUCAUAUUGUGUCACUCCUCAGCAGACGGCAUCCACGAUCACACCUCGUGAGGUUCGAGUCCAGGACCUAACAGUCUCGCGCACGAGCGCUUAACCACUAGACCACUGAGCAGGCAUCCGAUGGUGUUAAUGUCUAACUUCAAACAAUCCACAAAGUUGUGCCACCGUCCACCAGAAGCCAAAACUUAUAACGCUGACAAUAUAGAGAAUGAGGUCUCAUUGAGCAAAUGGAAGGGUAUAUUAUGUACGUCCAAAACAAAACAGAGUACUGUUUCAAGCUGUCAGUCAGGAAUUAGAUCUGUACGUUGCAUAUCAUUGUUGCACUAUAAAUAGAUUGUUUUCACUAAUUAGUUGUACUCAUUUUAAUUUAUUAGGCUCCCAUGGUUUUAAUAAAGCAAUCUUACAAUAAUAUAGAAGGGAAAUAAAGACCAUAUACAACGAUCUUUUCCAUGAUUAGAAUGUGUACUAUAAAUUCUUAAAGUUUGAAUACAGAAUCUAAUUAGCUUUAGAGGAUGUGGAUUAAUAUGCUUUUUAGGUCGCCUUGCAGCCUACUUGCAAACAUACAAAUUGCUCAAAACUAGAUUCUGAUUGGCUACUUGCAAACUACCAAUCGGACAUGAGGAAAAGGAUUUGGAUUUCCUUCAUAUGGAACAUGGAACCUAAAACAAGAUUAUUUUAAAAGUUCAUUAAAUCACCGAAAAAAUGAACAAGACUAAGAACUAUUUAAACGUAAAUCUUGUAGCCUUUCUGUUAUUAUCAUUAUUAUUACUGACUUGUAAUACAUCACAUGUUCAAAAAAAUAUUUCUCAAAGUUCAUCUACUUGCCAAUUACAACUAGAAUGUAUCGGAGCUAGUUCAUCUGGAUAUGGUCGUGUACGCAUACCUGUUCGAUCAGCUCGAGGGCCAGCUGGACCAACUGGGGAACAAGGAAAUCCUGGACCACCAGGUCCUCGCGGAGAAACAACAAAAUUACAACCUAUAUGGAUUCCUAGACCAGUAGAAUAUCAAAUAGCUUUUUAUACAGGUUUGUCAACAAGUAUUGAAAAUAAACCAGUGAACAAAAAUUGUCAAUUAAUUUUUGAAUCAGUUAUGUUGAAUCUUGGCAACGGAUAUGACAAUACUACAGGUAUAUUCACCGUUCCUGUUUCGGGUGUUUAUAUAUUUGUUGUAGUUAUAUCAGCACAAAGUUAUGAAAAGGCAGGUAUACGAUUACUACAAAAUGGCAAAGUCGUGUUACUUUCAUGGUGUGAAAGUACGUUUUGGGCAACUGUAACUAAUCAAGCUAUUAUUCAAUUAAAUAAAAAUGAUCAAAUAUGGUUGGAAUGUAGAGAUGAAGCUUAUCGUUUACAUGGACAUAUGUAUAGCAGCCUAUCUGGUUAUCUUCUUUAUCCACAUGACAUAUAAUCGUGACAACAUGAGAAUCUUUUUUUUCUUCUAUGUGUAACUUCUGUUUAGUCAAAUGUUAAUCAUUCAAAUAAUUAAUCAGUGGUAUGAUCAAUAAUCUUUUAUCACAUACUUAUGUAACGAAUUUUUGUUAUCACAUAAUAACUAUACUUUUAUUGAACUCACUUUUAUGAUGACGAAUAAAAUGAGUACAUUAAUCGACAAAAAAACUAAUGAAGUAUUAAACAUUAUACAGAAUAAUUAGGUGAUAAUACUACAAAGAUGUGAGUCUUAUGAAUACACUGAAGAGAAACGAGUCUAGUAUUUACAUGUUUUGCAUCAAUCAAAUAUAUAAAUCACUCAAAUAACCGCGGGAUCUAUAGUUUCAUUCAAAAACUUUUGUAACUGUUCGAGUAGAAAGCAGAGUACUCAAAAGAUUUGAAGUUCAUAUACCUAUUUUUCAGGGGUAGAUAAAAUCCACAGAAAAACUAUACUAUACUGAGAAGUCAAUCAGCAUAAAGUUAGAGACUUCAGGCAUUUUGAACAAAAUUUAAAAGUAGUGCCAAUUUGUAUCCAACUCAUGAAGAAUUUUGUAAAAAGUACCUUCCUUUAUUGC